AUGGCCGACGGCGACAGGGCAGGCCUUGUACUUUUCCGCUACGCAGCCGCGUGGAUCGGGGUUGUCAAAGAUGGUGACAGAACGAAGGUUGCGAUGGUAAACAAUAUCAUGAUGGUUCCUGAUGACGGUUGGCAUACGGUCAACAAAGGAGAGGAGAUUGAGGCUGCUGAAAUUAGCGGUGGGUCGGUGUGGCUUCGCCUCGAAGUUGGUGUCAACUCGCUCUACAACGAAGAAGGCCGGUUCUCGUAUAGCACCGACGGUGUCACCUUUCAAUCAUUGGGAGAGCCUCACCAGCAAGUCAAUAACGGCAUUCUUCACUUUUUGGGGUAUCGCUACGGAGUUUUCAACUACGCUACACUCGCUCGGGGUGGAGCUGUCACGGUCAAGUCCUUCGGUAUUCAUGAGUAA